AAUCAAACAUCAAAAUGAACAGGUUUGUUCUUUUAGCAGCCGUUGUCGCAGUAUGCGCCGCCCAAAUCGGCACCCCACGAUCGGGGGAUGAGUUGGUGUCCACCGUCUUGGAUAACUGUGCUGAAAUCGGUUGUGUCAAACAAAAUGUUCUGGGUUAUUUGGAUAACGUGCUUCAUCUGCAGGGCGAUAACAGGAACGCUAAGAACAUCGACGCUGCCAUCUUCAAAAGAGCGGCUAGAGUGCUCAACACCCAUGAAUUCAAACUGAAAGUUCCCGAUGUGAUCAUGGAGAACACUGAAAUUGUUUACAACCCUGUAUCCGGUUUGGAUAUCACAUCGCCUAAUGCUGCAUUGGAAUCUCGUGGCAUGGGACUCAAAAAGAAACUUUUACUGCCCAUCCUGCUCCUCUUCAAACUCAAAAUGAAACUCUUGAUGCCAAUCUUCGUCGCCCUAAUCGGUCUUAAAGCCAUGAAAGCCUUAAUUCUCAGCAAAUUGGCUAUCACUUUAGUUCUAGGUUUUAUCAUCUACCAAUUGUGCGCUAAAUCAGGUAUGCCAAUGCCAAUGAUGUCCAUGGCCCCCGCUGAGCCACCAGCGCCCAUGUACGGAGCCCCCCCCACUCCAACCACGGCUCCACCAAGUUCUUACGAACCAGGUUGGGAACCCAACCAAGGAGGACCGUACUCCAGAGUGUGGUCUUCAUCUGGCUCAAACGAUAACACCAGGGAAGCCGCUCAAAAUAUGGCUUACUCCUCAUACUACCCUGGUACACAAUCAUCGUCCACCUCUAGUCCUUGAAUCUAAUUUACAAAAAUGACUGCAGCUUUUAAAAUUCGAU